AUGUCGUCCGACACUCCCGACAAGGCUGUCCCCACCGACUCUUCUUCUCCAUUACCCGACCCAAAGAAGCUGCGACUGUCCUGUGAUAACUGCCAUGCCGCCAAAGUCAAGUGUACCAAGGAACGUCCCUUCUGCUCCAGAUGUGGUAACUCCGGUGUUCCUUGUGUCUAUUCCAAGUCACGCAGAGCCGGAAAACCCAAAGGGUGUGGUAAGAAUCGUGGUCAGUUCAGCACGUUACCCACGCCGCCAGAAUUCAACAGCCGACCAGAUUCUCCCCUGGAAGAUGGUCGACUGAAUAUGGACCACGACGAAGGCUCCUGGAGCGUCGACAUCCCGGGAACUCGUCGCUCCUCGUUUCUCGAUCAAGGCUUCGGCCACCUUCACUCCGCCGCCGAGUCCACACACUCACUGGACCCGACUUUGACCCUGAACAGCACCUUCACUCAUGCUGGAUCCAUGGACUCAGAAGAAUCCGCAUUCAACACGACUAUGUUCGCCUCCGAGUUCAAGACGUCACCAGACUGGGUGUCCGGUAUGGACUCGGCCGGCACCACGAUCCCCUUCUCCACAGACCGGAUGGCGACGACCUGUGCAGGCCCCAACGUGAUGUUAUACAAUGAAUUCAUAUCCGACGGCGGCGGCAGACUCGAUGACUCUAGCUCUGGCCUUGGCGGUAGUCCAUCCUCCUCCUGCUCAUGCCUUAGCGCGUUGCAAGAGAUCCUCAGCGCGCUCAACGCCGCGAUCCCCAGCUUCGACCGGUUCCUCGCCAUCAACAAAUCCGCCGUGGUGCGCAUGACCCAUUGUCUCUCUUGCCAUUGCUUACCGGACAUCUCCUCUGUCAUGUUACUCUCCGUCAUCAUCACUCGGAUCGUGCAGUGCUACAAGAAGAUCCGCAAUGGCGAGUGUCAGGGUUCCGAGGAUGUGGGGGUCACCAUGGGUACGCUCAAGAUGGACAGUGAAGAUGAAUAUCAGAUCAAGAUGUUUUUGAUUCGGUCAGAACUGCGCAAGAUCAAGUCCCUGAUCACUCGUUUCCGUGAUCGAUUCGAGAACUUCCUGCAAGGCGCUGACCGGCAGCUGUACGAGGCCAACAUGGCGUUUCUGGAAUACGGACUGGACGACACGAUCAAAGGUCUUUGA